AGGUCGCAGAGUCUGUACAUCACGUCCGCUAAACAUUAUUUUUCGUAUAUAUUAUGUGGUGAUAAAUACGUUGCUAUUUUAUCAGCGUUAUUAGCUACUAAUAACUAGAUCACAUCGGGGCAUGGUGUAACUAAAUAGUUGCAUUUUCUGAAUGGGUUUGAGGUUACGUUGUCAAUGUAGCUAGCUAGUUUGCUAAUUGUGAGCUAACUAUACCAAUAAGUCAACAAGGGAAAGUUAGCUUAGCUUUCCUUAGCCAGCUACAUAGACUGUAUAGCUAAAAGAAGUUCCAGAAUAAAGAUUUAUUUAAUAACAAGAUGCCGGAUAUAAAAGUAACCCCGUUAGGCGCAGGACAAGACGUUGGGCGCAGCUGCAUCCUUGUUUCUAUAGGAGGCAAAAACAUAAUGCUCGACUGUGGGAUGCACAUGGGCUAUAAUGACGAUAGGCGCUUUCCGGACUUUUCCUACAUCACCCAGAAUGGCCGUCUCACAGAUUAUUUGGACUGCGUUAUCAUCAGCCAUUUCCAUUUGGAUCACUGUGGUGCUCUUCCCUAUAUGAGUGAGAUGGUGGGCUAUGAUGGGCCCAUCUACAUGACCCAUCCCACGAAGGCCAUCUGCCCCAUCCUACUAGAGGACUUCCGGAAGAUCACUGUCGACAAAAAAGGCGAAACCAACUUCUUCACCUCGCAGAUGAUCAAAGACUGCAUGAAGAAGGUGGUUCCACUGAAUCUUCACCAAACUGUUCAGGUGGACGAUGAGCUGGAGAUCAAAGCCUACUACGCAGGUCAUGUGCUGGGGGCAGCCAUGGUGCAAAUUAAAGUCGGCUCAGAGUCUGUCGUCUACACGGGUGAUUAUAACAUGACACCAGACAGACACUUAGGUGCGGCAUGGAUUGACAAAUGCCGUCCAGAUAUCCUGAUCACUGAGUCCACGUAUGCCACCACCAUCCGAGACUCCAAGCGCUGCAGGGAGAGAGACUUCCUAAAGAAAGUCCACGAAAGCAUCGAGAGAGGAGGGAAGGUGCUCAUUCCGGUUUUUGCUUUGGGCAGAGCACAGGAGCUUUGCAUCCUUUUGGAGACAUUCUGGGAGAGGAUGAAUCUGAAAGCCCCCAUAUACUUCUCCACCGGCCUGACCGAGAAGGCGAAUCACUACUACAAACUGUUCAUUACCUGGACCAACCAAAAGAUCCGCAAAACCUUUGUCCAGAGGAACAUGUUUGAGUUCAAGCACAUCAAGGCUUUUGACCGCUCCUACGCAGACAAUCCCGGGCCGAUGGUGGUGUUUGCCACACCAGGGAUGUUGCAUGCUGGGCAGUCUUUACAGAUAUUCAAGAAAUGGGCUGGCAAUGAAAAGAACAUGGUCAUUAUGCCAGGGUAUUGUGUGCAGGGCACAGUGGGACACAAGAUUUUGAACGGUCAGAAGAAGUUGGAGAUGGAGGGUAGAGCCACGUUGGAGGUGAAGCUGCAGGUUGAGUACAUGUCCUUCAGUGCCCACGCAGAUGCCAAAGGCAUCAUGCAGCUCAUCCGGAUGGCAGAACCGCACAACAUCCUGCUCGUGCAUGGAGAGGCCAAAAAGAUGGCCUUUCUCAAGGACAAGAUCGAGCAGGAGUUCAACAUCAGCUGCUACAUGCCUGCUAAUGGAGAGACCACCACAGUGACGACCAACCCGAGUGUCCCAGUGGACAUCUCACUCAACCUGCUGAAGAGGGAGAUGGCUCUUGGGGGUCCCCUACCAGACCCCAAGAGGCCUCGCACCAUGCACGGGACACUGAUCAUGAAGGACAACAGUCUGAGGCUGGUGUCUCCAGAGCAGGCCCUAAAGGAGUUGGGUCUGUCUGAACACCAGCUACGCUUCACCUGCCGAGUGCACCUCCAGGACCCCCACAGUGACACAGACACGCUCAGCCGAAUCUACAGCCACCUUAAGAGUGUCCUCAAAGGCUACGCCGUCCAGCACCUUCCCGACAGCACCGUGAUGGUGGAGUCCAUAGUUCUGAAGGUGUCCUCGUCCGCCGAGGAGCCCGAUCUCAAAGUGGUCCUGCUCUCCUGGUGCUUUCAGGAUGAGGAGCUGGGGAGUUUCCUGUCCACGCUGCUGAAGAAAGGCCUCCCUUCAGCACUGUGACUCAUCUCCCAGUCCCCUGUUCUCUACUACUGUCCUUUUAAAAACAGUCAAUAAACUUUUUGUAGAAAAACGUCUCCAGC